AUGGCGGUCGGCUUCUGGGACUUGCCACUGUCCGUACGCGAAAAGAUAUACCGCUUGCAUCUCGUCCACCCUCACAAGAUUGGCCCGACACAGGUUCAUGAAGACCUCAAUUGUGGAUGGUGGGAUUCAGCCAUGCCUCCCAUCUGCCACAUCUCCCGCCAGGCCGAUAGAGAAGCCGCUCCGAUCUACUAUGGUGAGAACCAUUUUGAAUUCGGCGUCGCCCACCCACACAACCAGUUCGGCCGAGAGAACCCGCAGUGCCUGACAAAUAUGACCUCGCCUCGGCACUUGAAAUUGAUUCGUAAAGUUACCUGUCACUGGCCAUGCGACAAUGCGUACGACUGGUUCCUUCGCAUCUCACGAAUGAAGGGCUUGGAAGAGCUCUACAUCGGCGUGGAUGAGAAAGAUAUGGUGAACGACGCGAUGCGCGCACGAUACCCGAAGCGGACCUGGUCUCUCGAUGAGCUUUCACCGCAACACAUGCUCGCAAUCUCCCGUGCCCCUGGGAUGUCGGCCCUGCUCACCAUCUCCGGUGUUCCUAUGGUGCAGUUUGUCAAGAGGAAGGGCUACGAUGGUGCUGAGCAUGGUGGUCCAAUACCAGGCGGCUUCCUCGAGACGUAUGUUCGGCCAAGGCUGAUGGGCGCGCUGGGUGAUAGCCAGCUUGCAAAGGACCGUGACGAGCCACUCUCCUUCCUCGCCCUCCCACCCGAGCUGCGCAAUCGCGUAUAUUCCUUCCUCCUCGAGAUCGAUGGACCCAUCCAUCCGUCUAAUAAAGCUCCGAGCUCCCUACCCAAGUGCAACGUGUCCAAGAAACGCCCUGUCAAACCCACCGAAUCGGCACUCAGCAUCCUCGCGGUCAACCGGCAGAUCCACGAUGAAGCCAUGGGUAUCUUCUACGACCGCAACUCGUUCGAAUUCUACUACCCCACCCAGCUGCACGCGUUCUUCCUAUCCCUGGGACAACAACGCCAGCGCGUUGUUCGCGACAUCACGCUCCACUACUACAACGUCAAGUGCGGAGGCAUCAAUUUGGUCGACCUCACACUCCCGAUCGUCAGACAGCUGACGGGCUUGCGCCGACUGCACAUAGUCCUGAAGGAUGAAUUGAGCAAGCGCAUCAGCGGGAGAUAUCUCUGGGUGGAACAUAGCAUCAGAAGCGCCAAUCCCAUGGUGUUGCCGGGAAUCAAACUGCUCUUCUCCUUGCGAAACAUUAGCGAUAUCAAGAUUCACGAGACCAGUCUUGAAGAGGAUCUUGAGGAGCUGAAGUCUCGGGCAUUGUAUCCAGACUUCGCUAAGCAGACCAGGGCCUGGUGUCUGGUCAAGCUUUCGCAGAUGCUGGAUCAUGUGAACUUGGCGCUCUCGCUCGCGCAGAAAGGAGAGGUGAAUCGGGAGAUGAUGGAGGAUGAUUGGUGGCAUUUGGAGGACACAUGGCCGAAAUUGAUUGAGAACUCAAAGCAAGCUUCGCCAGCGGGUGAGGAUGGUCUCAAGGAUGGAUUGUGAGGAACGGCACUACUGUGGAGUGAUACUCCGGCUUGGCCUGCUGGUAACUGCUGUGAGCACUGCGUGUAUCUGUGGGUUGAAGGACAAUUGCGCGACUCAGUGUGCCUAUGGUGAGCGCUUCCAGCAGAGGAUGCGAGGUUGAAGAGCAUUCGGCAUGCAAAGGCGUGACGAGAUCGUUGGACAACGAUAAAAGUUGCUCGAGCGUAGAUCAAAGAUGAAGUGAGGUUGCAAACUCGAGCGCAUUUGGAGUCGUUGAAGCUAGCCG